ACGGCACGGGGCACGCCAAAACGAAGGUAGCAAGGCUUGCGAGGGAAUGUGAACUGUGGAAAUGUGGAGGAGGGGGAUCGAGGCCCGCGUGAUCGCAAAAAAAAAAGAGGCCCGCGGCCGCGUCCAUUUUUAAUCCCGCGAAACCCCCGCCGCGCCCGCUCCACUCCGCUGCCUGCCCCCCACUGACGUCGUCUCCUUCCUCGGGGAAUGCGACCGCGCGCCCGAGCAUGCCCCGCCCGGAGCCCGCGCUAGGGUUCCCCGCCGCCGGAGGCCACGGAGGCGCGACCAAGCCGCCGCCCGAGCGCCGCCGCAAGAAGCAGCAGCCGCCGCCGCCGAGGCGGAGGCGACCCGCCGGCGCCGCACAGCAGCAGCCGGUGGGGACACGCGGCGCGGCCGAUCCAGAUCCGCCGCCCGCCUCCGCUCUGCUGCCCCUCCCCAGCAGCGGCAGCGGCUACGCCACGCGGGGAACGGCUGCGCCAGACGAGGAAGAGGGCGGCGCGACCUCGGCCGGGUCGGAGGAAGAGGCGGAGGCAUCCAAUGAUUCAUUCGCCUACUCGCUAAGGGAGUGCCAGAAGCAGCGGCGGCGGCUUAAGUCAGAGGGGUCUGGGCUGGCGCGGCCGCCGGCCUCGCAUGAGCUCAACGGUGGUGGAGGUAUUGAGCUUCUAGUGCUCUCGCCCAGGUGUUUGAUUGGGGGUAAUGUCGGAGGAAUGAGCAAGAGCUCGACGGCAUCAUCCCGGAGCAGAUCAGGCACAGGCACAGGCACAUUCCCGAGCCCUGGGACUCCGAACUACAAUCGGCAUUGUGCGGGCAGCAUGCAGUACUCUAAGGGUUGGAGUUCAGAACGUGUGCCACUGGGUACAGGCAGCAAUAGGAGGUAUGGGGGCAGUGGGGUUGUGCUUCCUUUUAACAAUGGUAGGAAGCUGCCAUCAAAAUGGGAGGAUGCAGAGAAGUGGAUCCUGAGUCCGGUUUCCUGCGAUGGGGUUGGAAGGAUGUCUGCACCAGCUCCGCAUCAUAGACGUCCCAAGUCGAAAAGUGGUCCACUUGGCCACCCAGCUGGUGUUCCAGGAGCUUAUGCAGCUGUUUCACCGCUUGUUCCCUGCUUUGAUGGUGUUCUUGCGGCAGCUAAUUAUGCAGUACAUUCACCUUUCUCUGCUGGGGUUCUCAUACCUGAGCACGGUCGCAUUGGUGACUUCAGCAGUGGAAGAGGCAGGUCUGGUGAUGAUGGCAGCAGCAGAUCCUACUCUGCCGAGAAGGAGCCAUACAUAUUGAGGUCGGCGAGCAUACAUGCAUGGACAGAAACGCUUAUGGAGGCGUCUGCUUUUGCUAAUUCAAUCUCAGAAGAAACCACACGAGAUGAUAAACUGCAAGGCCAGCAGGAAGCAACUUCAGUUAUUUCCAGUCCAAUCAUAAAAAAAGAUGUUGCUACACAGAUGAGCCCUGAGGAUAAAAUAUCAUCCCCUUCAAAAGCGAGGCAUUCCUGCUCUAGCCUGCCUUCAGGACAUCUGCUAAGAGAAGCAAAUAGUCAUACACAUAAACCUGAAAUCAGGGACGUGCAGGUAGAUGAUCAAGUAACUGUGACCCGGUGGUCCAAGCGACAUGUAACACGAGGCUCUGAUAAGCGGUCAGCAAAUAUUAUUGAAUGGAGGAAGAAGACCACGGAGACUCGGGCUCCAUCUUUUGAUGAAAAAGAAAGAGAAAGUUGCAUGUCAAAGUGCAAAAGGGAGGAAGCAAAAAUCACUGCUUGGGAAAAUCUACAGAAAGCAAAAGCUGAGGCUGCUAUACGGAAAUUGGAGAUGAAGAUUGAAAAGAAAAGAUCAUCAUCAAUGGACAAAAUUUUAGGCAAACUCCGCUCUGCUCAGAAGAAAGCAGAAGACAUGCGAAGUGCGAUUUCUUCUAGUGAAGAUCAGUGUGGUGUGAGGGCAAAAAAGAAGGCAUCCUCCGUUGUGAAGACUGGCAAGCCCUUCAGCUGCUGCUUUACCUACCGUGCCUGCUAGUUCCUAGUUCUGGCGUAGUUUUUGUGGCUGUGGGUGCAGCAAUGGAAUUUGAUCUAUUUGCUCUUGUCAACCAACAGAUAUGGAACUUUUAACUUCAAAUUUGGGAGAACCAGUUGGCCUUCGUACUGUGGAGGUAAUGGAGCUGUUAGAGUGUUCGCACGAUGCGAUCACUGAUGCGGGACAGCAGAAGUUGAAAUCGUUGAGGAAAACUAGCCAAGUGGAUCUGGUACUUAUUCUGCUCGAUGUAUAUCAUUCCUGUAAUUGAGCAUGUAAUGCAAAUCAUAGGGACUUGCAUUGGCACGGUAUUGAAAGAAAGAUAUUAGAGUUGCCGGCUCUUUGUCUCCUCUCUUUCGAAACUUGUCUGGUUCAGUUCUGAGCCUUGUGACGAUUUCAGAUAUGGAGCUGGCCAACGUUUUCGCCGGUGCCAAACUUUUGUAUCGAGCAAGCAAUUCAGUUUCCUAGCUU